GAGUUGGCCGGAUGCUGUGUGAUGUGGUGCGGGAGUCCCGUCUCGUGCGCAGCUCAUUACGAUGUUUAGUGCUCAGAGAGCUCGCCUCGCGCAGAGAAAGGCGCGCAGCUCGCAGAAGGCACCGGACUGACGCCAUGCACCCUUGUUUCCUCCGCGUGUGUUUUCGUGCGUUUUUGCUGAUAUUUUCUAUUUUAUGCGGAGCCGCUGCUUUCAACCUGGAUUUGGAAAAGCCGACGGUUUACAAUGGACCAGAGGGAAGCUACUUUGGGUAUUCGCUGGACUUUUACCGCCCAACACAGGACAAAAACGUCAUGUCGGUGCUGGUUGGGGCUCCUAAAGCGAACACCUCUCAGCCAGGGAUUGUGGAGGGAGGAGCGGUGUACUACUGCCCCUGGCCGGCAUCGGACCCAGACUCCUGCCGCCAGAUCCCCUUUGAUAAAGCAAAUAACCGAAUGAUUAAAGUGAACGGGACACGGGAGCCUCUAGAAUUUAAAUCCCAUCAGUGGUUUGGAGCCACAGUCAGGACCCACAAGGGCAAAGUGGUGGCUUGUGCGCCCCUCUAUCACUGGAGGACAGUGAAGGUCAGCAGUGAGAUGGAUCCAGUGGGAACUUGUUAUGUGGCUGUGCAGAACUUCAGUGCCUACGCUGAAUAUUCUCCCUGUCGAACCAAUAACCCGGACCCCGAGGGCCAGGGCUUCUGCCAGGCGGGCUUCAGCGUUGAUUUCACUAAGGAAGGGACUCUGGUUGUGGGAGGGCCAGGGAGUUUCUACUGGCAAGGUCAAGUGAUCACUGCAGGUGUUGCAGAAAUAUUGAACGGCUAUUCCCUGAAAACUAUUCUCCGCAAAGUUCAGGGAGAGAAGCAGACUGUGGCUGCAUCAGACACAUAUGAUGACAGUUACCUAGGUUAUUCUGUAGCGGUCGGAGAGUUCACAGGGGAUUCGGAACAAGAACUGGUAGCAGGGGUACCUCGAGGGGCGCACAACUUCGGUUAUGUGGCUGUGAUCAAUGCGACAAACCUGACUUUUAUUCAGAAUUUUACUGGGGAGCAGAUGGCCUCUUAUUUUGGAUACACUGUUGCAGUGACUGAUCUAAAUGGAGAUGGGCUAGAUGAUGUGCUAGUUGGAGCUCCACUCUACAUGGACCGUGAGUUUGAGAGUAAACCUCGUGAGGUGGGCCGUGUGUACUUGUACCUGCAAGAGGACGUGCUUCUCUUCUCCUCUCCAGUCACGCUCACUGGCACGCACCUGUUCGGCCGGUAUGGAAGUGCCAUCGCCCCUCUCGGAGAUAUCAACCAGGAUGGCUACCUUGAUGUGGCAAUAGGAGCUCCGUUCGCAGGAGAGGAUCGUGGUGGCAGGGUCUUUAUCUAUAACGGGCAAAAAUCUGGGCUGAUGUCACAGGCAUCUCAAGUGCUAAAAGGCGACUGGGCCUCAUCCGCCAUCCCAGCAGGCUUUGGAUUCACCCUGCGUGGAGAUUCUGACCUCGAUAACAACCAGUACCCUGAUUUGCUGGUCGGUGCAUUUGGAGUGAGUAAAGUUGUGGCCUACAGAGCAAGACCAGUGGUCACGGUGGACGCUCAGCUGAUUUUGACACCCAGAAUUCUCAACCCUGAGGACAAGUCUUGCCGCAUACCCAAUUCUGAUGACAUGGUAACCUGUCUGUCAGUAAAUGUGUGUGCAAAGAUCUCUGGGAAUGGUAUUCCUGAUCAUGUAGCUCUGAGAAUGGACCUGCAGCUGGAUUGGCUGAAGCAGCGCGGAGCAGUUAAGAGGAUCUUGUUCAUGGAUUCCCACCAGCACCAGAGAAGCCAGCAGUUGGUUGUGGGUCAAGGGGACCGCCAGCAUUGCCACAACUACUCUGUUUACCUGCGGGAUGAGGGAGAGUUCAGAGAUAAACUGAGUCCUAUCAGCGUGACACUGAACUACAGUCUGGACCAGAACUCUCCUCCACCUGGCCUACAGCUGCGGCCCAUUUUGGACCACUACAGCAAGACCUUCCACCACGAGCAGGCAAACAUCCUGUUGGACUGUGGAGAAGACAACAUGUGCAUCCCAGAUCUCAAACUGUCUGCUAAAAUGGAUCAGACUGAACUUAUAAUCGGGGAUGACAACUUGCUUAUGUUGACCAUUAAUGCAGCCAAUGAGGGCGAGGGGGCAUAUGAGGCGGAGCUUCGUGUGACCCUUCCACCAGAGGCAGACUACAUUGGUGUGGAACGCAAACGUGAGGAUCUUCAGCGGCUGAACUGUGAACACAGGACAGAGAAUGACACCAGAGUUGUGGUUUGUGAUCUGGGAAACCCAAUGGUGGCUGACACAAACUUGUCGGUUGGUUUACGGUUUUCUGUACAGCGGCUGGAAGAUGCCCCUCCUACCAUUGGCUUUGAGCUUCAGAUACAGAGCUCUAACAAGGACAACUCGAGAAGCAUUCCAGUGAAUUUGACUCUGAGCAUUGCAGCAAAAGCACAGGUGGAGAUCAGAGGUGUGUCUCACCCAGCUCAGGUUGUUUUGCCUUUCCCUCGAUGGGAACCCAAAGAGAAACCUGUGAGAGAGGAUGACAUCGGCCCUCAGGUUCAACACAUAUAUGAGUUACAUAAUAAGGGUCCGAGUUCAAUAAGCAAGACUGUAUUGGAGGUGGGCUGGCCCAGUCGGUACAGAGAGGAGCACCUCCUUUAUGCCCUUCAGAUCAUCACUGAUGGACCCGUUCAAUGCAGUGUCAACGGCUCCCUAAACCCACUGAAGUUGGAGACCUCUACUCUUCAGGACACUCCAGAAUUACUGGGCUUUCUGAGGAACAGCAGCGCUCCGACUCGCCAUAGACGAUCUGUUUCUACAGCCCAGAGUUACAACAGCAAGAUACUGAACUGUUCGAAUAUCAACUGUCUGAUGGUGGAGUGUGUUGUGGAUCGAUUGGAUCGAGGGCAGAGCGCGGUGGUCAAGUUCAGAUCUCGACUCUGGGCUCACACCUUUUUGCAGAGACGGAAUGACCACUACACGCUAAACUCCACAGUGUCCUUUCAAGUGAUGGCCAUGCCUUAUCGGAUCAAAGCUCAUUCACUCCCACACCAGAGAAAAUCAAUUGGCACAUUUGUGGUGUGGGCCAUUCCUGACGUUUCUUUUGCCAUCCCCCUGUGGGUAAUAAUUCUGGCUAUACUGCUGGGACUGCUGGUGCUGGCCAUGCUUAGCCUAGCAAUGUGGAAGUGCGGCUUCUUCGAUCGAGCGCGGCCACCCAAAGACGACGACGUAUCGGAUCGUGAGCAGCUGACUGCAGAAAAAUCCACAGACGCGUGAGAGCACAACAGAUACGACGAAUAUGAACACAGAGGCCAUGGGAUGAUGAAUCACCAUGAAGAGAGUGCAGGAGCUGUGGCCGAAGGUUUCAGUGUUUUUGUAGAAGUCUACAAAUCCAAGCCUGUAAAUAAACUACAGCUCUCACACUGGACUGCGAUCUGUGAGCUGGGCCACAGUACCACUCAAAAACAUUUCUAAAGCUUUAUUUAAAAUGACGGAAGAGCAAGAACUCUGGACUUUGCACUCUGAUUGAGCUGCAACGUCCACACGAUCCAAAGAGCCACGUGCCAGAACAAGACUACAGGCUGAUCGAUGCAAACCCAAAGAUCCACUUACAUUGAAGCCAAGUGAUUAUUUCCAAUGAUAUAUAGUUUAACUUUAUCAGCGGAACUUCCUUUCACUCUCAGUCACCAGCUCAGCACGAGAUCUGGAUCAUUCUCAUUGGCCACAUACACACUGCAGCUAAAUAUGGAUUCCCAGUGGACUUCUGUUUUGUGUACACACACAUUUAGGCGAUUCACACCCACACUUGUAUAUGGUUGUCACUCCCAAAACUUUGCAGUAUGAACAUGGCUAUUUUUAUCAGAAUGUCGCUGUGUGCAAAUAAUUUAUGUCACCUACGGUGUGUACUGCACUUCGUAUAUUGCCUUAAAGUUACUGAUAAUGAUGGUAUAGUGGUAAAUUGUGCGAUCUGACUAGAAUCUCACAAAGCUGGUCUGCUGCAUCAUCAGCCCUCAAGUGUAGUUUCACAGCAUUGUCUUAUUUCACGACUGUACCGAUUCUGAAGCUUGUAAAUGAACUGCUCACUAAGUACACAGAUUGGGUGUGGGGGUUAUGAACAGAUAUAUAUUAUAUGUGCAAUAAUGGGACAUUUUUGAGUUGAUCAUUUGUGUGUACACUGGCUCCAAAAUGUUUAAAACCUGAGGUUCAGGUUGUUUUGUAUAUAAAGUUAAAAUACGUAUUUGUCAGGCUGAUGCGCUGACGUGAAUAUUUCUUUUCCAAACUAAAGGGAACAACAAUAUUUUGUCUUUCGGUGCUCUAAAUGCAUUGAGCGAUAACGUUAGAUGAUGUGGGCACAUUUAUUUCAUCUGUUGGGAAUUAGUUUUUUAGACCGCUACUAAAACAUGUUGCAUUCAGAGCAUGUUAAUGAUGUUUUUUUUCUGGUUUCAUAUGAAUUUUUACCUCAAUCAGUGUCCACCAAUGUAUGUCUUUCAAUGCAUGGACUGAGAAUACAACUGAGAACCGAUUUAAAAUAAUGUUAGUCAUAACAAUAGCAACCACAUCUUGUCAUAUUUUCUCCUCUGGAAGGACAUGAUUAAUGUUUCGGUUCAUGAUUGAUGUAUUAUGAUGUGCACCUCUGUCUAUUUUUUAGUUUACACACAUCUGAAAUUAAAAUAGAAUUUCGAACAAUU